UGGGGAAAAACGACAUCAAUGAUAACCCAAAACGACGUCGUGUGUUGUCACGUGGACCUUUUUGCUGCUUUAUUGGCCCCCACCAUCUUCUUGUUUAAAAAGCAAAGCGAGAUCCAAAGUUGCUUCUCACUAACUGUCGGGUCACCCUUAAACACCUAAGCUCUUUCAUUUACAUUCCGGCAAUGCCGCCGGAUAUUCCACCCGACCCGUGAAAAUUGACCCGAAUUUUGAUUAAAAAGUCGAAAAUGCCACUAGCCUCCUCUUCUUCCGCCGUGGCUCCGCCUCCUCACAACCUGAAGCACCGCGUGUUCACUUGCCUCAACAAGCUCUCCGACCGAGACACGUAUGGCGUCGCUGCGGCGGAGCUCGACUCCAUAGCUCGGGGACUCGAGCCUAACUCGCUUGGAGUCUUCGUCUCAUGCAUCAACUCCACCGACGCCUCCGACAAGUCGCCCGUGCGGAAGCAAUGUGUCCGGAUCCUGGCCGUUCUCGGCGAGAGUCACGGCGACGCUCUCUCGCCUCAUCUCUCAAAGGUGCUCUCCAGCGUCACGCGACGCCUCCGUGACCCGGACUCGGCGGUCCGAUCCGCCUGCGUAGAUGCCGUCACCGCCCUCCGGUUCCACGUCAGCCGGCCACCAUUUUCGUCGUUUUUGAGACCACUCGCUGACGCGUUGUUUACUGAGCAGGACUUGAACUCGCAGAUCGGUGCGGCGUUGUGCCUCGCCGCCGCCGUCGACGCCGCGGAGGAUCCGGAGACGGCGAAGCUCGCGAGGCUAAUGCCGAGGUUCGAGAAGCUUCUGAAGUGCGAGAGUUUUAAGGCUAAACCGGCACUUCUAGUCUUGUUUGGGAGUUUGAUCAACGCCGGGGCAGCUUCCGGCGAGGGAACUUUGAGAAGCUUGGUUCCGGCAGUCGUGCAGUUCUUGAGCAGCGAUGACUGGGCGGCAAGGAAGGCUGCGGCGGAGGUCCUGUUGAAGUUGGCCUCUGUAGAGAGGGACUCGUUGGCGGAAUUCAAAUCUGGGUGUUUGAGGACAUUCGAAAAUCGAAGAUUUGAUAAGGUGAAGGCUGUAAGGGAGAUAAUGAAUCAGAUGUUGGAGGCUUGGAAGCAGAUUCCAGAUGUUUCAGGAGAUAUUUCUCCACCACCACAAUCACAAGCUUCAUCAAGAGAUAAUGCGAGCGAUGGGCGCUAUCCACCAGGGACAAGGAAUUCUGGUGGUGCUAGUUCAAAAGCUCUUCAAUCGAGGAAAAGGCCGGUGCUAUCUAACAGGGCAACUCCACCUGACAACUCUUAUACCACUACAGCUCGGAAGAAAAGUUACUUGAAAAGUGAAGAAAACAAGGCAAAGUCAGGGAUGUUUCGGAAGCUGGACAAGAAGAAGCCAUCGAACUGGAAUGUCAAUGUAGCUGUUCCAAAUGGUCCCUCGGAGAGAGGAGGGAUUCAUGGUGAUGAUGGUAAGGAAAGAGAUGGAGAUGUUCAAGACAAAAGGAGUAAUGAAAAGGCUAAGUUAUCAAAACCGGAAACAAAGAGGGCACUGUUCUAUAAGAGUUCUGAUGACAAGGGACACAGAUUUGGUGGAUUAAGGUCUGGAUCUCGUGUGGCUCCAUUCCAAGAGGACAGCAAUGAUUCUACGGUUGUAGUCAGUAAUGCUACUGCGGAUAUCCAUAAGAACCAUAAUGAAUCUGAAGAUUUAACAUUGAUUCGCCAUCAGCUUGUUCAGAUUGAAAAGCAGCAAUCCAGCCUGUUAGAUCUUUUACAGAGGUUCAUCGGGAGCUCACAAAAUGGAAUGCAAUCGCUAGAGACUCGUGUUCAUGGGCUGGAACUAGCAUUGGAUGGGAUCUCAUAUGAUCUGGCUCUGUCAAGUGGAAGAAUGACUAAAAUGGAUUCCGCCAUAACAAGAUGUUGCAUGCUACCUGGCGCAGAUUUCUUAAGCUCAAAGUUCUGGAAAAGAUCAGAAGGCAGGUAUUCAGCACCAAGGAUUUCUACCUCCAGUGGCACCCCCUCAGCUGCAGCCAUGCGCUUUAGAGAUGACUCAAAUAGAAAUGCUGAAAGAUUUAAGUCGAGCCGCAUGCUUCAACUGCAGGGUGGUGGUGGUUUCAUUGUGAACCCGCUAGCGGAGAUUUCACGUAACCCAAUGGGUAAUUCAAUGUAACGAUUUGAAUGAAAGUUGACGUUAGCCUAUGAAGGGCACAAUUUGGAUUGCAGUUUUAAUUUGAAGACAAGUCGAUGUUUGAACUAAUGAACCAUCGAAAUGGUAGAGGCCAGAACAAGGUUAUGUGCCUAUGAAUAUGAUGAUGAUAGUUUAUUGGUUUUUCAAAAGAAGGAAAAGUGGGAUAGAUAUACACAUUAAAAUCUACUUACAAAAUGCAGUUUUCCGGGCUCUUAAGAUUAUUCUUUCGAAAAAGAAUGAGACUACCAUCUGAAUAUGAUGCCAAUACUAUGCCAUAUUGAGGGUGAAAUCAAUGUAUAGCGGAGUAGGGACUUUCCUUUUUCACGAGUCAUUUGUAUCUUUGUAUUGAUUGGUUAUAUAGUAAUGAAAAUCGAUGAUCAUGAUGUCAUAUAAUCCAUGAAA